AUGGAGGAUGGCUUCCAAGCUAUUGCCAAAAUACCUUAUAAAAUCGCUCUUCCUAGGCGUCAUGCGACAGCGAGCGAAGCAGCUACGUUAGAGCUGUUGCGGUCGAAAGGUAUCCCAGUGCCAAAACUUUACAGUUACUCUGCAUCUGUCGACAAUCCAGCCGGGGUUGAAUACAUACUUAUGGAAAAAGCCAAUGGUGUACCGAUCGAGACCAAGUGGCUCUCUAUGACAAAGCGAGAGAGAGACACGCUAGCAUCCAGUUUCGUGGAAAUCGAAAAGAAGUUUUUUGAUCUCCCGAAUCCAAAAGAUUACCUCCGUUCAAUCGCCGAGAAGGAAAUCGAGUCGACUCGCAGGUACGGGAAACCACUCGAGCUGGACUUUCCGCAUAAUGGACCCUUCCCUGGGAAACACGAUCCCAAGCAAUACAUUGCACUCUUAGAGAAGUACCUAGCUCUCGUUCCCUACCUCCUCCCAAAAGAUGAUUCGGACCCAUUGAACCAACCGACACUCCGUCAUCCGGACUGGCAGCAUACGACAAUGGAGCCGCGCCUUCUCGUGGCUGGUUAUCCUCGCGCUUUCGAAAACCCAGAAAUUAUUGAGCCGUUCGACCUGGAUGAACCGAAACUCCCGUCUGAAUAUGACUCGUUGAGUGUUGGCGAAAAAGCAGAAGCCGACGAGCUUUAUCGUCGGCAGACGCUAUUUCACUAUUAUCGUAUCUUCAAUGGCGUACUCAACAAGCCCCAUCUUAGUGCUUUACGUGGCCCUCUUCUACACCCUCGCAAACAUCUAGUAGACAGGGCAGGUCGUCAGUGGAGCGGAAAUUUGAUCACACUGAUGGGGGCUCUCGUCCGAAUGACUGAAUAUUGGUCUCUCCUUCCGGACACAGAAGGUAUUCAUUGUACAGUCAAAUUCAUGCCAGACGAAUUGGAGACAUUUCACGAACAUGAGGAAAUAUGGUUUGCUUUGAACGCGGUCGUGAACCAGUGGCGAGACCAGAUAGGGGUGAAUGACGAUGGUUGGGUUACCAAUGAGAGAUAUGACGAUGCUGUCAAAAGGGCCAGACAGCUUAAAGAUAAUCUUACAGUGGAGAUGGAAGGUGAUGAGGAGGAUAUUGCCUUGUUAAACAACGGCUGGCCAUUUAGGGACCACGAGGAGGAAUGA